ACGUGGUUCCAUUUGACCAAGACAGCCACCCACCAUGGACUACUCCGACAUAUCGCACGAUCCCGAACAUCCCGCAGGGAGUUCCCCCUGGGCGUCCCCUCGUCCGAACCAGACCACCUUUCCCGCCUCGGUCACCAGCGACAUCCCCCCGUCUCCGUUGCCCCCUCAAGAUCCCUCCCCGUAUGACGCCGCCGGGAACCCGCAGUCCACCGAAGGGUAUGGGCCCCAGGGGAGUGAGCCUGGCUCGCCCGACCUGUCGACCCGGUUGCAGAGUGCGCACCUGAGCGACACCAGCUAUGUUGGCGAACAGCACCAAUAUAUCCAACAGCAGCAACAGCAUGCCCAACAGUCCCAGUCUCGCUCCCAGCUCCCCGCCCGCUACCAAACCGGCCCCAGGCAGAACGCGAGGCAGCCGGCGCCGGCAUACAGAAUACAGGCGAAGGUCACAGGCUUGGAAAGAACGGGCAAGAAGGACCCCAUUCUCCGAUUCGAUGUUCAUACCAAUAUCCCCAAGUUCCGCACGACGCAGUAUCGCGAUGUCCGGCGCACCCAUGCCGAGUUCGUCAAGCUCGCAGAGCACCUGAUUUCGGCUAACCCGGAAACAUUCGUCCCUGCGGUCCCUUCACCGCUCACCCCGGCCGGCGCAGGCACCGAGGAAGAUGAGAUCAGAAUCAAGUCUUCCAUGCAACGAUGGCUGAAUGUUGUGCUGGGCAACGAGGUCCUGACUCAUGAUGAUGAGGUUGUCUUGUUCGUGGAGAGUGAUUUUGGCUAUAGCCCCGUGGUCCGGAUGAAGCAGCCCGCCACAGGGGUUCGGAGGAAGGUCUUGAAGCAGUUUGCGCCGCCUCCUGACGACACGCCCGAACUGCAGAACGCACGGCCGGCUGUGAAGAUGUUUUAUCUUGGAGCCAUGGAUGCGAGCCACAAGGUGGAUCGUGUGGUCAAGGCCCGCCGAGGACUGGGCCUCGCGGAAUCGGACUUUGGCGUCAAGCUGGGCCAGAUGCACGUGCAGGAGACACACCCUGGACUGGCAAACGCAUACCGGAAGUUGGGGAAGAUCAUCCAAUCGGUCGGAGACUUUCAUGCUGUCCAGGCUACCGCUGAGGCCACGACUCUGGGAGAUCCGCUGAGCUACCAUUCAUCCGAUGCCUUCAUCGUCAAGGAAACCCUCACCAACCGCCAUAUCCUGCUGCGUGAGCUGAUCCAGGCCCAGCAGGCCACCCGCAGCAAGCGUGCCGCAGCCGACCGACUAAAAACAAGCUCCUCUGUCCGGUCCGACAAAGUCGACGAGGCCAUCAAUGCGUUGGACGAGGCCCAGGGGCACGAGGACUAUCUGACGAAGCGCACACAAAGGGUGACGUCGAAUCUGCUCCAGGAGAAGCAACGCUGGUUCGAGCGCACAUCCACAGACAUGUUGGCGAGCUUGCGCGAAUACACCCUGCGCCAGAUUGAGGCGGAGCGCAGAACCCUGGCGACCCUGGAAAGUGUCCGUCCCGAUAUCCGGGCCAUCGACGCAUCUGGGGGUCUGAGUCGCCUGGGACGUGAGUCCCACCCGACUGCCCGGCGACCCAACCUCGGGUCCAGCCAGGGCCCCAAGGGAGAUGCAUGGAGCGGCAUUCCCCGUCGCAGCGACAGUCUUGGCCGGAGCCUGAGUGGCAGCUUUGCUGCGCCAGCAUCGACCGAAGACGACGAAGAGGUGAAUGGCAGUAAGGGCAGAGGGCGCUCCGCCAGUGGCGUCAGCUCCAUUGUGGAGGAGGAUGACGAUGACCGGCUAGAUGCCCGGAAUGCCGCGAGUCGCCUGGCUACGAGCACCUUCUAAGUAUCUGUACAUUAUGGGCCUGAUUCUGCGAGAUUCCCCCUUCUUUGACCCCGGCCUUCUGUUCUAUAAGCACCCAGUUGAGUUCUUAAUUGCAACCUUUAUGUGUCCCGAGAUUGUAUUCUGCCACGGUCGAUCGAUGUUUCCCCUGCAGCCAGGCAGUUUCAUAUAACUCCAGCUAGAUGUGCUCUAACACACCACCUUGCAUCGUUGGUCCUUUGGAUGUCGUGUAGAACCGGCCAGUUGUUGGGUCCUCCCAGCCAGGCGCGGCCGCCCCGCUUGUGGCUGUACGUCAUGAGGGGUAAUAAAUGCAGCAACAACAACCAC